CAAGAAGAUGUGUUUUGAAAAUAUUGGCGGCCUCCCAGACCUCAAUUCCCAUUACAGUGCCAAAAAAAAUUCACAGGACAAACUGCGUGUAGAAUAAAAUUCAGCACCUGCUGUUCAAUAUUUUAAAUAUCUGGUUAUAAGUAGUUCACGUUUUACUAUAAUAUUGUAAGAAUCCUAGAAAAGGAUUGAUUCUGGCUUCAUAAAGAAAAUAUUUGUUCUUCUUUUUUACGUUUAAAAAAAUAAAAUCAGAGGACUAAUAUUAUUUGCCCUUUAGUUAAAGGAAAAUAAAUUGCAGGAGUGAGACAUUCGCAAUAUUGUAAUUUUCUUGUAAUAUUAAUUUAUUAAUAUAGAAUUGAAAUAUGUCAUUUUUCAAACAUUUGCAACAAAAUCUGAGUCUUCCUUCUGUGUCUUCUCUGGUUGACACAUUAAGUAAUGCUGUAGAUGAUCUUACUAGUGCAGUUGGUGAUGUCAGCUACACAGUAGCUGACUCCGUUACAGAGCAGGUAACAAACAUGUUCAGCAAUUUUCGGACAGAAAGCACAACUACAGUGCAAGAAGAUAAACCUCUAUUAGACAAAGAUAAAAAAGUAACAUCACUAAAUAACAUUAAAGAAAAUUUUGUGAGAGAAGAAUGUGUACCAGAAGAAAAACACAGGCAAAGUGCUUCUUCAAAAAAAUGUACAAAUGAUGGUAGGGAGUUUUGUCCUAAUAAAGGCAAAGUAGAUUCUCAGCAAAAUGUUCCUGAACCAAAGAAUGUUUUUAAAGAGACAAAAAUAUGUGAGACACAUGUAAAACAUGCUCAGUGCAAAAUUAAUUACUUAGAAAAACAUAUAUCAAAAAAUAAUAGAGAGAAUUAUAGUACUUAUAAGCCAGAAGAAUUUCUUAAUCAAGAACCAGAUAGACAGUCACAUACUGUAUCAAAUCAAACUAAUAAAAGCUUGUCUGAAAAAAUAAAACAAAAACCAACAGAACUUAACUUGAAAAACACUAAAGAAGUACACAGUAUUUCAUUCAGGAGUUUGAAAAAAACUGAGGAAGAAACACUGGAACUGCCAGACUCAAGAUCUGAAAAACUAAACCGUUUUCAUCAAGUAAAAGGAAAGAAAUACAAGACACUUGUGACAAAGCAAGAAGAAAAUGUAACAUCUGAUCUUUUAAAGAAAAGCGAAAAGGAAAAGACUAAGUACUCAGAAAGUUUUUUAAAAGAAGUGAGUAGUAAGAAGACACCAGAAAAAGAUAACUUAUAUAUAAAUAAAGACCAGCAUGGUUCAUCAUCGGACAGUGAAGAUGAGGCACUGGGUAAAUACCAUGAAGCCUUGUCAAGAACCCAGAGUUCAUGGCCACCAGCAGGCAACAGUAGACAACAGAAAAAUUAUCGUUGGGAAACCAGACAAAAAUAUAGCCCUUUGUCUGCAGAGUAUGAUGGGUAUAGUAGUGAAGCCUCUGUAGAUGAAGCAGACUGUAUUCAAAGAAUGAGACAAACACCUCCUCUUGAUGAAUUGCAGCCUCCACCAUACAUGGAUGAUAGUGGCUCUCCGCAUCUCUCCUGUACACCUUCUGAAGUUGGUGAGAGCAAAUGUGAAUUCUCUCAGUGCAGCAACAGCCCAAGAUGUUCUUAUAAAUGCCCAAGUGAAGGAAGUAACGGGCAUGAAAUAGAAAGUUUCCAUAACAAAGGAUAUGAAGAAGAUGUGCCUAGUGAUAGUACUGCUGUCCUUAGCCCAGAGAAUCUGUCAGUUCAAGGAUCAUCAUCACAGCUCCCUAAAUCUUUUGAUCCAGAACCAGAAGCUAAAUAUGGUACCUUGGAUGUGACGUUCGACUAUGACUCACAGGAACAGAAGCUUCUGAUAACAGUCACAGCUGUCACAGACAUUCCAAAUUAUAGCAAGACAAGUGGAAGUCUGUGGCAAGUACACCUAGUUCUCCUUCCUAUCAAGAAACAGAGGGCAAAAACCAGCAUCCAGCGUGGUCCUUGCCCUGUCUUUACCGAGACAUUUAAAUUUAAUCAUAUUGAGUCUGAGAUGAUUGGGAAUUAUGCAAUACGCUUUAGACUAUACAGUAUACGUCGUGUAAAAAGAGAAAGAAUUUUAGGAGAAAAGAUAUUUUACUUAACCAAAUUAAAUCUUCAAGGAAAGAUGUCAGUACCGGUGACUCUAGAACCAGCAUACAACAUUUCUGGCUGUGAGUCCCAAAUGAGUAUGUCAGAGGCUUCCUGCAGUGAAAGUAUUUCCUCUUGUCAAUCUUUGGCACAUGGCUCAGCUCCCGAAAUUCUCAUCGGAUUGCUUUAUAAUGCCACAACUGGAAGACUAGCAGCAGAAGUGAUAAAAGGCAGUCACUUCAAAAACUUGGCAGCAAACAGACCACCCAAUACAUUUGUUAAGCUGACAUUGCUGAAUUCCAUGGGUCAAGAGAUGUCCAAAUGCAAGACAUCCAUCCGAAGAGGACAGCCAAAUCCAGUCUACAAGGAGACCUUUAUUUUUCAAGUGGCACUCUUUCAGCUUUCCGAUGUUACACUUAUAUUAUCUGUGUAUAACAAACGCAGCAUGAAGCGAAAGGAAAUGAUAGGCUGGAUUUCUUUAGGUUUGAACAGUUCUGGUGAAGAGGAGCUGAACCACUGGACUGAAAUGAAAGAAUCAAAAGGACAACAAAUAUGUAGGUGGCACUCUUUAUUAGAAUCUUAAUGUAGAAUUGAAGCUCCACUGAAUGUCAACAUACAAUGAGAUUGUUAUUUUCGUACAGCUAAGAGACUCUUACAGAAAUUACAAAUUUUUGUAUUUCAAAUUAACAUUCCUCUUUAAAAAAAUGCACAAAAUGCUGUGAAGAAGUAUAAACAUUCACAUUUUCAUUUAAUAUUACUGAUAUUUUUUUUAAGCAUCAGAUACAGAAGACAGCAACCACAAGUCUUUAUCAUGAAACAUUUAGGAUUCUCUCACCUAUUCUUAUUUUAGUUAACAUGUAACUUUUAUGUAAAUCCUUUAUUUGUAUGAAAUUCUCUGACUGUUCCCCCCCCCCCCGUUCCUUUUAGUAGUGUUAAGCUUCAUGUUAUAGAUGAUCUAUCAAGAAGCAGAUCUAGAGGGGGAAAGAAGAAUGGUUAAAUGGCAGAAGAAAGCUCAAGGAUAGGAGAGAAAUAUUGUAGGUUUGCAAUAGUAGAAGUGUUAUUUUUUUCAAUUCUUAGUGAUUUAAUAUUUCUGACAGUUUGAAGAGUUGCUAUGCAAGGGAAGCUAGACGCUGACUACUUAUGAGAUUCUCUCUGGUGUCUGUUUUAAACAUGAUUUUUCCCCCAGAGAGCUGAAACUGUUUUGAAAGAGAAUUACCAUUUAUGGUGUAAAGACGCAUAACUUUCAUUCUUGAUAAAUAGGCUUUUGUAUUAUUUCAAAAGCUGUAAAACGUGUUUGACCAGACUGUAAAUCUCACCUCUUAAAAAUUACUGGGAUGGUGUCUUCAGUUUUAACAUAUCUACGAUGCAGGAUUAUUCAUUGUGUGCCUUCUUUGGAUCUUAAUGAAAUAGGACCCAGUGUAAGCACUGAGCACUUUUCAAUUUUCUGAUUCCUCAUUUGCCAGCUUGAAAGCACAGGAUCCAAAGAUUUGCACAAGGGAGCUUUGGAUAUGUGAUUUUGAAAAGCAGAAUUCUUUUCUUUGAAACUGUGCUUCCACAUAGAUGUUUCUAAUGGUACUAAUCAAAAGAUAUUGUAUGACUGUUCCAUCUUUCCUUAAUAAAAUUUCUAUGCUCAGAAAAAAAAAGAAAGAGAAACUGAGGAAAAAAGCGUGGAGGUUUACAAGUAGAAGACAAUAAUAUCUAAUUUCUCCAUAAAAUUCCAUGAAUGCAGUAGGGCAAAGCAGUGUGAUGUAGUGGGAGGUCUGCUCUUCAAAGGAAAAAGGUAAAACAAUUCACUGGGCAGCCAGAAGUUCCUGGACAUAAGUAAAGUAGUCCCUUUACCCAUUUAUAAGAGGCUUAAAGAAGCUGAUGACAACUUGCAGGGAGUUUCUUCUCAUGGAUUUCUUAGUGAGAGAUGCUUUAGUUUAAGUAAGAAAAAAGGAAAGAUUUCACUGAUAGAUGCUUUUUAAUUAAGGUAUUUGGUCUUUAUAUGAAUUAUGACUAUUGGCAGUUCAGAAUCUGAGAAACACACAAAUAUUUUUUAAAACAGAAAGUUUUAGAAAUUACCGUAGGUAAUUUUAGAUAAUGAAUUAAUCCCAGAAGUUAAUUCGCUUUCUUUCUCACACACACACAUGCACACAAGCUUGAAAAAGACAGUUUUGUGAAUUACAACAGUUGAUAUAUCCAAGGAAGUAUUAUGAGCUUGUUUAUUCAAGAAUUCUUGCAAUAAAUGAUUUCACUUCUUUCUUUUCAACAAUUGCAAGAUUUCAGUUAUGUUGAAGGUUAAGAUACUGCUUGCCAUGAAUAUAGUAUUGAGAUCAUGAUAGAAGAAAGUAUAACUUAAACACCCACGAUGUCUAUGGAGUCUAUAUUGGUUCUAAACAUAGCCAGAACUGAUGAAUUCUAUUCAAGUGCUAGCUUUGGCUCUAGAGAAGCUGAAAAAAAGAAGGAUCAAUGCAUUUCGUUUUAUACUUAAAGUAGACUGAUUAAGUACAUGUUUAAUACUCCUACCCACAAUAAUAUUGAAUGCUGCUAUGUUUGAGAUCAAAGACGUUGCAGACUUGCAUGAAUGGAUUCAAGUCCAUCACGUGAAGGUUGUGUAACGUUCCCAGUUUCAAAAUUUUUAACAACCUCCUUAAAAUUUCUCAGCCGUAGUCUUAAAAUUGUUAUUCAGUGCCUUUCAUGUUUCACCACUUAAAUUUGUAACUAUAAUGUGAUGCUGAAUUGAUUGAUUUUAAAAGUUUAUCAAAUGAUUUUUCCUGUGUUGCAUGAAAUGUAUAGCACAAGAAAUGUAACUUUGUUAAUAAAUACUGUUCAGGAUCUUUUGCAAACUUAAAUAUAAAUAAUGUUACAAUUUAUUGUAUUAUUUCCAGUUCUAAAUCUUGUUAAUUUGCCUUCAUACAAGCCUUGUUUCGUAUUUUGAAAAUCCUUACUAGGUUGCAUUUCAGUUAAAAUUUAAGCAUUUGGAUUUUAUUUAUGGAUUUUAGCUUCAAUUCCAAACUUGCUUACCAUAAAAUAUUUACUUCUGAAAUGCAUGUUUAGAAUUAUGACUUGCAACAUCACAGUGCCUUGAAGAAUGGAUAAAGUAUUUUUACAGAAGAAUGAAAUGAUGAAAAACUGUGAUUAUGAUCCAGGAAAUUCCUGAUUCUGAAAGUUUCUUAGUCUGAAUUGUUCCUCUAUAUUUUUAUUUUUAAAAUAUAGUCUAUCAUAGACACAACUAUUGAACUGUUUUGUUGGAAAGCAAGAUAGAUGUGGAGCAAUUAAAAAUAUAUAUUUGUUUUUCUGCCACUGUCAUGUCAAUACUUUUGUCUUAAUUUUGAAAUGGUAUACACCUUGCUUGGAAAUUACAAUGUAUACAUAAAUAAUGUUUGAUGGUCUUGUAAACAUAAUAAACCUUUGAUUUGGCAUAAAACAUUG